CGAAAUAUGGAUGAAACCAUGGUUCGGCUGUUUUUGGUUCUUAAGUGUGGAGGUGUGAUUAACCAUUUCCUUGGCUCUUUUGGUUCCACUUUGGGUUGUUCUUUUGUAGGACCAUGACGAAACCCGACCUCAAGCACCCGUUUAUUCGGGAUUUGAAGAGGGCCCCCCACCAGGAUCGUUUUAAGAGCGUCCUGGCCUGCUCGUUUGGGCAGCAUCAUUGCUGGUCCAGGAGGGAGUUUGAGAAGCUGCACUACUACGAGCACUUCUCCGCCAUUGUCACCAACCGCCCCUGGCGUCGUCUACUAAGCAUUCGCGAGAAGGUUUACCAUGAGCUCGUGCUUGAGUUCUAUACGACCUUCAAGCACGAAGAGACGGAGGAUUGGGCAGACGAUGAAGCCGUCAAGUUCAGGCUCGGCGGUGCACCCCGCUCCAUGAGCUACCACGACUUGGUGACCGCCCUCGGCCUAGCCGAUGAUAGGGAAUACGUCAUCGAGCUCACCGAGCCAGAGGGGGUGAACUUCAAGACACUGUACACCCGUCUCGCUCAGCCAGGCCAGCGUCCCUUCGUGGCGGGGCGGACGAAGGCCAGCACCUUGCAGCUCGACAACCGCAUUCUCCACCACUUGCUGGCAAAGUCCUACACUCCACCCUCGGACAGUGCCAGCGCCAUCACCAGGAGAGCCAUGUACUUCAUCCAGCCCAUGCGCCAGGGGGAUCAUCUUCUCCACUUGGGUUCUGUGGUGGCAAGAACCUUCGACAAGAGUGCUUCAGGGCUGAAGAGCCUCCACUGCACUCCCCUCAUCACCCGCCUGGCCACCUACUUCCAGAUAUCACUGCAGGGGUGCACAGAGCAGGGGGACUGACACGCCAAAACACAACACCAAUCUGCGACCAAGUGUAAUCGCAGACCGGGAAUGCAGUAACAGGCAAGUUAUAUUAUCAACCCGGGCUCUAGAUCUACUGCUUACUCAGUGAUUCUCUGUUAUCUAGCCAACUAGAGUAAGUGAUUGUUGUUUAAACUAAAAGCAGAAAUAAAGCAGGAAAUUAAUC